CUUUAUUGCUUCCUUUCUUCCAGUUUUGGGUUUGUAUGGUUGAAGCUGCAAAAUCCUUUCAAACUAUCUUGGUAUCUUUUUUUUUUUUUUUAUGCAAUUAUCUUGGUAUCUGUAGCCUUUAAGGUUUCAACAAAUUAUAAUGUCAUCUGAGAAGAAUUAUACAUCAAAACUGGAUAAGCAAAAAGAUUGCAAAGUAUCUUCUCUCUUAGAUUUGCCUGAGUGGACCUUGGAUUGCAUUCUUGAGUGCCUUCCACCACAGGAUUUGUGCAGAGUGGCACAAGUGUGUACCAGUUUGAGGGAUAGAAUCAGAAGUGAUGCUUUGUGGGAGAAAAAAAUCAAGCACAAAUGGGGUAGGCUACUUGGUGAUGUUGCUCACCAAGAGUGGCAGUUGCACACAACAAAGAUAAACACACAAAGCUUCUUGUUGUUAAAGCAGAAUCAGAGUGGAUCCUAUGGAUCUUUCAGUGGUGUUUGGCCUUUCCUUAUCUUUCAUUCUUAUUUGGAAAAUUUCAUUGACUUGAUUAGUUUGUUUAAAAAUUGUUCAAAAAUGGCUUUGUAUAUCUCUCUUGAGAGUGGCCUUUUUUGGUUUCCUGUUCAAGUGUUCAAGAUUACAAAUCUAUUCUGUUAUGAUGCUAUUGUCAGCUAUGACUCUAGAACGGACACCUUCAAGUCAAGGUCUCCAACUGGUGGAUGGCGAAUGAUUGAGGGAAAUAUUCAGCGGGAUAGGUUGAGAUUAGCACCAGCUGAAACAUCUCCAAUGACUUUUUAUAUGUCUAACUCUAUGAAUGAUUUGAAACCAGGAGAUCAUAUUGAGAUUCAGAUUAGAAGACGCAAAGAAUCCCCUUAUAAUUGGUGGUAUGCUGUAAUUGGUCAUUUGGAAACAUGCAACCAGAAUGUAAAUCAUUGCCAUUGCCAAUAUAGUGAUUCGUUGGUAGUGGAGUUCAAACAAUAUCAGCCCGAGAAUAGAAUGAGAAGAGCAAUGUUGAAUAGAAACGUAAAUGUGGAACAGGGUUCUACAUUUCGGCUUCGCUGGUUCGGUGGAAUCAGAAAACUAUAUAAGGAAGAGGAGAUUGAAAAGUGGAACAACCUCUUAGCCUCUAGAUAACUAGAUUUUGUGCACCAUUCAUAUGCAUGGACCAAUUAAUACAUUUGCAUAGCACCUUUGUCCUGUAUGUGUAAUGCAGAGAAUUAGAAUAUGCUAUUUACUUUAAGAUGGAAUUUGUGUUUCUCACAUCUUACACUCUGGUUGAUCUUCUAUUCCUUAUUAAUUUGAAAGGAGGAGGGGGAAAGAAGCCAUGUAAGAUGAAUUUGAAGGGAAUUUGCACAAGACAUGAUACAUUACGUAGUUGACAAUAGUAGCUUGUAUGUGGUAAUUGGUCUUAUUGCUUUGAAAAGGAAAGUAAAAAUUGACACCAA